GCUUCCAUUCCAUAUCGUGCGGUGAUUCGUCAUUCAUUCAAAGAGCGAGUACUAGUCUGGAGUAUCCUUAUGUGUCUACGGAUAUUUUGCUUUAUUUCGAUUCGUCCUUGUGUCUAACCAAUUCGAUUUUUUGAUAUUAAGGAAAUCAAAAUAGUAAAUGUUCAGUUGUUAUACUCAUUAACAUGAUUCGCGAACGGUGUAUCGGUCCAGCGCACAAUAAGAUACGGAAGUCUCCAUCGCUGUGAAGAAAGUGUGCGAAGAAGAAGACGACAGAAAGGGCCACUCCUGUUUCAUUGUGUCUCGCUAAUGUCGGAUACUUGUGAGUUGUUCGCGUAAUACUAAUUUGGUGCAAAAGUUGCUUACGGUUGGUGAUACUACGCGGAAUAGCAAUCGAAGUAACUCUUUGAUAUCGACUUGAGAGAUUAGGAUCAUAGAUCCAAGCAUCGCAACGCAUAAAAAUGAUGAAAAGUUUGUUCGGCAGAAAAACUGCCAAAGACCAUGACCGGAACAAAAUAUCGGAGAUCGGGCUACCCACAAAUGUGGUCCACGGAAUUCAUGUUAGCAAGAAUAAGCUUACCGGUGAUUUGGAGGGAUUGCCGAAAGCAUGGAUCAGACUUAUGGACGCAUCUAUCACACAUGACGAGCAGAGUAAAAACCCGGAGGCGGCGUAUCAGGCAGUCAAAUUCUAUAAUUAUUCGAUAAAGAAAAAGGAACAAGCCGAACCAUUCAAGCCAUUUAUAACCGAAGAUGCCAUCCAUGAGGAAACUGAAUCAAUCGAUCAGUUUUUGGACAUGAAAAAUGCCCACAAAAGUGAAGAUUCUAUCGAAAGUGAGGAGAAUUAUGCCGAAGUAUCACCGCCACCACCUCCGUUGCCUAAAAAAGCUAUGACUUUACCUCCUAAGCCACAGGUAAUGCCUAAGCCGAAAAACUACCCAAAACUUUCCAAGGCAAUCCACAAUCUAAGUCUACUGGAAGGCGGGAACAAAGAAACUAUGAUAAUUCAUAGUAAUAGCACCGCAUUGGAUAAUCAUAAAAGUGCAUAUGAUUUGGUCAAUAAAGUAGAUUUGGAUGCUGACAACGAACUGAUACUGAGGCCAAAAGAGCAAAAUGUCCGUACACCGAAAACAGAUAUGCAAGUUUAUAAUGAAUUAAAACGGAUCUGUAAUAUGAAUGAUCCAUUGGAGCGGUAUGAGAAAACUGUCGAAGUAGGUAAAGGUGCUUCAGGUGUAGUCUUCAUAGCUAACGAUCGUCAGACGUCCCAAAAAGUUGCCAUCAAGACAAUCGAUAUGAAAAAUCAAUCAUCCAAAGAAUCCAUCCUUAACGAAAUUAAUGUACUGAAAGAUUUUAAUCACAGAAAUCUUGUCAACUUCCUGGAAGCGUACUAUAUUGAAACGGAUGAUCAUCUGUGGGUCAUUCUCGAGUACAUGGAUGGAGGACCAUUGACAGAUGUUGUCACUGAAACCGUGAUGAAGGACCGCCAGAUUGCCGCAGUUUGCCGUGAGGUUCUUCAGGCCAUUAGCUUUCUGCAUUCUAAAGGCAUCAUACAUAGAGAUAUUAAGUCAGAUAAUGUGCUCCUCGGGAUGGAUGGAUCGGUCAAAGUUACUGAUUUUGGAUUUUGUGCCAAUAUAGAAGGGGAUGAGAAGCGUCAGACAAUGGUUGGGACUCCUUACUGGAUGGCGCCAGAAGUUGUAACACGAAAGCAAUAUGGAAAGAAGGUGGACAUUUGGUCGCUAGGUAUUAUGGCGAUAGAGAUGAUCGAAGGUCAACCGCCGUAUCUAAAUCAAGCCCCGUUGCGUGCACUCUAUCUAAUCGCUGCAAAUGGGCGACCUGACGUGAAGAGUUGGGACAACUUGUCGGAUAAUCUGAAGGACUUCCUCGACCGCUGUCUUCAGGUGGAAGUAGAUCAACGAGCAUCGGCAGACGAAUUGCUGCAACAUCCCUUCCUGCAGGACUGCAUGGAGUUGCGAACUUUGACACCACUAAUCAAGGCUGCCCGGCGAUUACUGAAACGGGACAACUACAGUUAAGCUGGAUGAAGGGAGAAGGAAGAAAUACGCCGAUGUGGCUGUGAAAUUAAGUGCCUUAAAAUUACAACUGAACUUCUGUUUCCAUUGCUGAAUGGAACGAAAAACCGUAUGCGGAAAGUGAAAAAAAAGAUAAGGUUUCGACACUUUUUCGAUGAUAAGGGGCCCAAGUUUCGAAGGCAAGGCAAGUAAGAAUGAAUAAAAAAGAAAAUUGAUUGGGAAUGUA